AACCAUCGUCGUUAGUCCAAUCGAGUCGCUCAUCGAGUGUGGACCGGUAAUCGAAAUGCUACCUUUUUUAUUGGCAGUGGUGGCCUUACUGUUGACGGCUGCCGGCCUCUACAUUCGCAGCCGUCAUCGGUUCUGGUCCGAUCGUGGAAUCCCGUGCGCGCCGAAUCCGGAGUUUCUGUUCGGCCACGUCCGCGGGCAGGUCACCAACAAGCAUGCGGCGUACGUGAACCGGGAACUGUACCAGCAGUUUAAGGCGCGCGGUGAAGGUUUCGGAGGGUAUAGCUUUUUUGCGGUGCCGGCGGUGAUCAUUGUGGAUCCGGAGCUGGUCAAAACGAUUCUGGUGCGGGAUUUUGCUGUUUUUCACGAUCGGGGAAUCUAUAACAACCCGAAGGAUGAUCCGUUGUCGGGGCAGCUGUUUCUCCUGGAGGGGCUCCAGUGGAAGAUUCUGAGGCAGAUGUUGACGCCGACGUUCACUUCGGGACGGAUGAAGGCCAUGUUCGGAACGAUCAUGGACGUGGCCGAAGAGUUCCGGCAGUUUUUGGUGGACAGUCGGGAGCGGGAAUCGGUGAUCGAGAUGAAGGAAGUGUUGGCAAGCUUCACGACGGACGUGAUUGGGACGUGUGCCUUUGGGAUUGAGUGUAACACUUUGAAGAAUCCGGAUUCUGAUUUCCUGAAGUACGGGAAGAAGGUGUUCGAGCAGAGGAUGUCUACGUUGUUCAAGUUCAUCUUUGCGUCGUUGUUCAAGGAUCUGGCGCGCAAGUUGGGGGUUAAGAUUACGGAUGCUGGGGUGGAGAAGUUCUUCCUCGGAUUGGUUCGGGAAACGGUGGAGUUUAGAGAGAAGAACAACGUGAUGAGGAAUGACUUCAUGAACUUGCUGCUGCAGUUGAAGAACAAAGGUCGGUUGGUGGAUCAGUUGGAUGAAGCGGACGAGGUUGCUGCGAGGGGACUGACGAUGGAAGAACUAGCGGCGCAGUGUUUCGUGUUCUUCAUUGCUGGGUACGAGACGUCUUCGACGACGAUGAAUUUCUGUCUGUACGAGCUGGCCAAGAAUCCGGAUAUUCAGGAGAAGCUGCGAGAGGAUAUUGAAGAAGCGGUUGCUUCCAACGGUGGACGAGUUACGUACGACCUGGUGAUGGGCCUUCACUACUUGGAUAAUGUUGUGAAUGAAACCCUUCGCAAGUACCCUCCGAUCGAGAGUUUAAAUCGCGUCCCGACAUCGGACUACACGGUUCCCGGGACGAAGCACGUCCUCCCGAAGCAAACGAUGAUAACCAUACCGAUCUAUGCGUUGCAUCACGAUCCGGACUUCUACCUGGAUCCGGACAACUUCGAUCCGGAUCGAUUCCUGCCAGAAGCGGCCCAAGCUCGGCAUCCGUACGCCUUCAUACCGUUCGGGGAAGGUCCCCGCAAUUGCAUCGGAAUGCGCUUCGGCCUAAUGCAAACCAAAAUCGGGUUGAUCACAUUGCUGCGCAACUUCAGAUUUUCACCUUCAGCGAAGACCCCCGAUAAGAUUGCAUUCGAUGUGAAAUCGUUCGUUCUGUCGCCGGACGGUGGAAAUUAUCUACGGUACGAUAAGAUACGGUUCAUUAUGGCUUUAUUGGAAUUGUAUCUAGCGAUCGGUGUCACGCUGGUGCUUGCAACGGCGGGAUGCGUAUUUCUGUUCCUGGACAAGAAGCGGAGUUUUUGGAAGGAUCGUAACUUUCCGUGCACUGGAAGGGCGAAGAUGAUCUACGGAGACUACAAGAACAUGAAUCAGACGGAGCAUAUGCAGUAUAUUAAUCAGCGGAUAUAUAAUGAGUUCAAAGCGCGGAAAUUGCCUAUUGGAGGAACGGUUUUGUUUCUCGUUCCUUCGACGGUCGUCGUCGAUCCGGAUCUGAUCAAAGCGAUGCUGGUGAAGGACUUCAAUUUCUUCCACGAUCGAGGAGUCUACAACAAUCCGGAAGUGGAUCCCUUGACCGGUCACUUGUUUUCCCUAGAAGGUCAAGCGUGGCGUCAAUUGAGAGCUAAGCUAUCGCCCACUUUCACCUCCGGAAAGAUGAAAAUGAUGUUCAGCACAAUCCUCAACGUAGCGGACGACCUGAAGGAGUUUCUCUGGGAAAAGACCGAAAGUGGUUCGACGGAAUUGGAGAUGAAGAAUGUCUUGGCAGGUUUUACGACCGACGUCAUCGGAUCGUGUGCCUUUGGAAUAGAGUGCAACAGUUUGCGGGCCACCCAGUGCAGAUUCCGGGAAGUAUCAAGAAAGAUUUUCGAACAAUCCGUAGGGCAGAUGCUGUGGAUGAUCGUUCUUAUGCUCUUUAAAGGUGUAGCCACUAAGCUGAAGCUCAAAGCCACUCCAGCGGAAGUCGAGAAUUUCUUCACAAAUAUGGUGCAGGAAACGAUCGACCACCGAGAACGGAACAACGUUCAACGGAGUGACUUCAUGAACAUCCUGAUCCAGAUGAAGAACAGCACAAACCUCGAAGAGAAGCUGACUUUGAACGAGAUCACGGCGCAGUCGUUCAUCUUCUUCGUAGCAGGAUUCGAGACUUCCUCGACCACCAUGGUCAACUGCCUGUUCGAGCUGGCUAUGAAUCCGGAUAUCCAGGAAAAGCUACGCGCUGAAAUUUUCAAAGUCUGCGGAGAAGGCGACCUGACCUACGAAUCGGUGUCCUCCGUUGAAUAUCUCAACAUGGUGAUUGAUGAAACCCUUCGCAAGCACCCGGUCGUAGAUUCACUGCUGCGUACCUCCACCCAGCCCUACAACAUCCCCAACACAGAUCUCAAAAUCCCCAAGGGCACGUUCGUGUUCAUCCCGGUUCACGCCCUGCACCACGAUCCGGACUACUACCCGGACCCGGACCGGUUCGAUCCGGAGCGUUUCAACGCGGAGAACCGCGCCAGCCGUCACCCCUUUGUCUACCUGCCGUUCGGUGAGGGUCCCCGCAACUGUAUCGGAAUGCGAUUCGGCCUGAUGCAAACACGCGUGGGGCUGAUAACGGUGCUGCGGAACUUUCGGGUAAGGCCUAGUUCGAAUACACCCGAACGUUUGGUGGUGAAUCCAAAGUCGGGCAUACCGGCUCCGCUCGGAGGAAUACCGCUGCUGAUAGAGCGGAUUUAGCGGACCACUGACCGCUAUUGGAGAUAGAUAAGAUAUUUUUUUUGGAAAAUAAUAAUAAUAUAA